AUGCUGCAAUCCAUGUCAGGCGCUCGCUUCCAGCGGGACGUGAUCUCCUACAAUGGCGCCGCGAGCGCGUGUGAGCGGAUGGCUGCAGUGGAAGAGACCUGGGAGAUGGCCCUGUGCUUGUUCCAGGAGGCGAACCUGCUGCGUGUGGCGGACCCCAUCACCAGUAACAGCGUUUUGGCCGCCUGUGCCCGCGCAGCCGCCUGGCCGGCAGCCCUCAAACUGGGCUGUGCAGCCGGUGAUUGGGGGACCAUUGCGGCCAAUGCCGUGCUACGUGCCUGUGCUUCAGGACUUCAGUGGCGUCGGGCGCCGCUUCUGCUGGUCACACUGUGGGGCCGCGCCAACGCUGUGUCCUUGGAGGCGGCGGUGGCCGCACACCAUGCUGCGAUGCAGUGGUCCAUGGCGCUUCGUUGUCUCACACAGACCCGUGUGGCAAGGACCACGUCCGGAGCCAAGGCUCCAGGCUGCACCACUGGGACUUGGGCCGGCGGCCUCAGCGAUGGCUCCACGCCCGCGGACGCGGGCUUGGAGCCCGAGGAUGUGCUUGGACGGCAAAUCAAUGACUUCAUCAAGGCGAUGGACCGCUGGAACCAGAGACCUAGGCACGGUUUGGCAGCCAAAGUGCACGUGCAAGCGCCCGGCGGCCCGAGGAGGCCUGAAAGUCCAGAUUGGAAUCCGAGAAAGACUCCGAAGUUGUAUGCAGCAGUUGCAAAGCCCGGAAGUAACCUGGAGUAUCCCGCGGAGAAUCACUAUCCCAUGCAAGCACAUCCUUGGCCCCAGGCGCCCCUUCGAACCGUGUCUCCAUGUCGAGUCGUUGGCCCCGUGGCGGGGCCGCAGAAGUGGGGCGGAUGA